GAUAAUGUUUAAGCAGUUUCUGAGUAAGCUUCCUCGGAAGUCUUCAAAAUCUGAGUCUGGUGGAGGAGAGCUGAAUCGUUCGAGUUCCGGUCAGGUUCCUUCUCCGGUUCAGAGAUCCGGAGCUGGUAGUGGUGUUGGUUCUGGUCCGGUUCGAUCUAACUCAGGGAAACGUAUGUCAUCUGCUGUGUUCCCAGCUAGUGUUGUUGCUGGGAUUGAGCCUUUGGUACCGUUCAAGGAUGUACCAACCUCGGAGAAAUUGAAUCUCUUUGUGAGUAAAGUUAGUUUAUGCUGUGUGACAUUUGAUUUCUCCGACCCUGGUAAAAACUCUAUUGAGAAAGAUGUGAAAAGGCAGACCUUGUUGGAGCUUCUUGAUUUUGUUGCUUCAGGUUCUGUUAAGUUUACUGAGCCAGCUAUUCUCGCCAUGUGUAGAAUGUGUGCUGUGAAUCUCUUUAGGGUUUUCCCUCCUAAUUACCGGUCUAGUGGCGGCGGUGGUGGCGGCGAGAACGAUGAUGAUGAGCCAAUGUUCGACCCUGCUUGGCCUCAUUUGCAAAUCGUCUAUGAUUUGCUGCUUAAGUUUAUCACUUCACCUUGUCUUGAUGCUAAGUUGGCAAAGAAGUAUCUUGAUCAUGCUUUCAUUGUCAGGUUGCUUGACUUGUUUGAUUCCGAGGAUCCUAGAGAACGGGAGUGUUUGAAGACGAUUCUGCAUCGUGUGUAUGGUAAAUUCAUGGUUCACAGGCCCUUUGUACGCAAGUCCAUGAGCAAUAUAUUCUACCGGUUUGUGUUUGAGACUGAGAAGCAUAGCGGUAUCGCUGAGCUUUUGGAGAUUUUUGGGAGUAUAGUGAGCGGGUUUGCUUUGCCCUUGAAAGAAGAGCACAAGAUCUUCUUGUGGAGAGUGUUGAUUCCAUUGCAUAAGCCUAAAUCUGUUGGAAACUACUUCCAGCAGCUAUCUUACUGCAUCACUCAGUUCAUAGAUAAGGAGCCUAAAUUGGGUAGUGUUGUGAUAAAAGGUUUAUUGAAGUUCUGGCCUAUCACAAACAGCCAAAAGGAAGUCAUGUUUCUUGGGGAGGUCGAAGAGAUUUUAGAAGCAAUGAGUGUGAUGGAAUUCCAAAAGAUUAUGGUCCCUCUCUUCUUGCGGAUUGCUUGUUGUGUAACCAGUUCCCACUUUCAGGUUUCUGAAAGAGCUUUAUUCUUGUGGAACAAUGAUCAAAUUGUGAACUUGAUUGGACACAACCGGCAAGCCAUCUUACCAAUCAUGUUCACUGCCUUAGAAAAGAAUGCUCAAGACCACUGGAACCAAUCCGUACUAAACUUAACCUUAAACGUAAGAAAAAUGUUCUGUGAAAUGGACGAGGCUCUGUUCAUGUCUUGCCACUCCCGCUUUAAGGAGGACGAAGCAAAGCAAUGUUCUGCAGCGGAA